AUGGCAGAAUACUGCACAAAGACUGACGAGAUGUUAAGCAGCGAGUAUGGAGACUUUUCCAAUAUGCAGAGCACUCCCCUCUCUCCUUCAUGUGAGAAGAGCCACCCACACAACCAGGGAACUUUCCAAGGGACCUAUCCUGUCACAGGCACAACUAGCCAGAACUUUGCUGCUCGCAUAACCCCCGAAAUGAGCGUGCGGAAAACGCUUCCUGACGGAUACACAAGCCAGCCCAGUUACAAAGCGCCACCACCAGCUCCUGAACGCAGCAACCGUUACCAAAUAAACCAAAUCAAUACCAGCAACAAGAAAAACAUCACGAAUCCCAAGAUGAGCUACACUCCUCAUUGGGGGGGACAUAAUCACACAAAUAGACAUAUGGCACCCGCCAAUGUCAGGGGUGGACAGCUGGAUGACUACCAUAUGCAUAUGCAACCGCCAGCGCAUAUGACUAGCUAUCAUACUUCAGAAUUUACAAAUCCUCCUGGGAAUAUGCCCAUGCAGGCCGCGGCCGUUGCACCAGCUAUGUUUCGCCGCCAGAUGAUGUACAAUAGACCUAACACCUUUGCUCCCUACCGUCCAGCAUACGAGCCUCAGCCAUGGGGAGGUCCCCCAGGUCCCCAGCCUAUACUCCAUCAGCCUCAACGCCCAGAAGGAAUUCAAAAUUACAAUUACCAGCCAGCAUUUCCUCAGCAAAACCCAAAUGUUCCUCGAGAGGUGAUUCAAGCAGGAACACAUCGACAAACUCCUGAAGUUGGCAGACAGAGGGAGGCACAGCCUGCGCCAAGCACCAUCAAUACCGGUGGGAUCUGUAAUACUGGCACGGUUGUAACUUCGGAAGCUAUUCCGGGAGCUUCUCGCCCUGGGACAGCACCUGGUCCCCCCGAUGCUGGCAACGGCAAAUGGGCUGAUGGUCCUGUGACUCCUGUCCAUGUACUAGAGGCAGAGAGGAGCAAAGAUCGGCACAGUUCUCGUUUGGAGACACAAAAGACGCACCUAUCAACUAUUCUUAAAGAAGCGGUGGAGAAGGCAUUUACCAGGGGCAUUCUUGAAGGUCAUAGCAGAUUAUUCUCAGAGAUCUCCAGAGAGCUUUGCGAGAGCAAGACCAUCUUCGGAUUCCCAGCAACUCUUCCUGAAGGCAAGACGACAGAGGAGAUAGUCAAGAUUGUCUUUGACAGCCUAGGAGCAUUGUUCAAGCGCUGUCCGCCUGUUGAGGACCAUCCCGGUGUGAAACUGACUCGAAAAUGGCUCGAAAGCAAGCUUCAUCUUGACGCUCAGCGGGUGUUGUCGUCCACCAAUGGAGCACAGUCAUCUCGAGCAAACAGCUUUGCAACAGGUAUCCAAACAAGUGAUACUGAAACCGCGCUACAGCACACGCAAGCUACGGGAGAUGCUAAGUCUCCUAAACGCGGCAACAAAGAUGGAACGGCCAAGACUCCACGGAGCUCUGGAAAGUCUCAAGGCGGUAAACGCAAUAAACGCAAACCUGCAGACUUCACCAUCUUAGGCGAAGCCGCACAGUACGAAUAUGAAGGGAAGAGAAGUACCUCUUACAAAUGCUCUGAUAAUCAAACCCGUAUCUUGAGUCCAGAAAUCGCCAAGGAACUGAUGCAGCGGGAGCAAGCAAAUAACAGCACUGGCACAGAUUCGACCACGGUCACGCCAUCUCCUCAUACAAACACGAAUUCUAAGCGCAAAUCUGUAUCAAACGGUGGUCAAGCAUCUGCGUCGAAGAAGAUUAAGACUACUCACUCAUCGGACCAAACUACUGUGACCCAUGCAUAUAGCGGCGCAUCAGGAAUCGUAAAUCCGCCUGAUUUGAGCCUUGCUCCAGGCAAUGAGAAGCAAAUCGCAGGUGGAGAGCCGGUUCAGGGGCAUAAAUUUCAAGAAUAUAUGGACAAUUUGAGCCAGGCAAGUUCCAGUAACAGUCUUCAUACCACCGCGGCUGGUGCAAAGCCGGACAAUGUGGUAGUCAGCCCACAGCAAGAGCUGCAGCAAAAGCAAAUGAUCGCUCCGGGUCCAAACAAUGAGACCUUUUCUUCUCUGAAUGUUGAUGAUUUGUUUGACUGGAACCUAUUUGAGACGGAAAUGGGCUACGAUUCUAUUCAGCAAGAUGAGUCUACCGAACGAGAGCCAGCUCCUGCUCUUGCUCAAGAGAAGAGCGAUGUCACCGCCACCGCACCAGAGAAACAACCGACGAUAAAUUCCAAAGAAAAAAGAAUCAAGGAGCUCAUCCAAAUGGACAAGGGCCUGCCAUUUGGGCUGAUCGAGGAUUUCAUGACCCCUAAGGCAGGGAGUAUCUACGGGGUAGUCCGAGAUGCCGUGCUACGCAAUGAUUUCACCGACCAAAGCCGUUUGCUUUUUGAUAGUGACUGCCGCGAAGCUGCCAAGGCCGAGUACGAUACACAUGUACAUGAGCAGCUAGGUGUUGCGGCUACGGACGUACCGGAAUGGGAUGCAUCAGUGCGCAACGCCGAGAAACGUCACAACAAGAUGCAGAGGCGAAUAGAGGAGGAAAAGGCCGCAGCCGAGCGCCGUAGAGAAGCAGAAGCCCGUUUAGAAGCCGAGAAGCGCAAAACAGACUUGGAAGACCAAGAGAUCGCAGCUGCAUUGACAAAAGCCAUGGAGGAGCCAAACACAGAAACAAUUCCUGUUGUCGACACCCAUGAGCCUCAACCGGCGGCAACAAUCGCGAACGCUGCCGUGGUCCAGGACACUGCUUACGUGACGGAGAAUGAUCCUUUGUUCCAAGACCCAGGGUCCGUUGAUGCCACCGGCUUGUGUCAUGGCGCAGUUGGAGAGAACAAUGGAAACGAGGUGGAAGACGACUUUGAUUUUAUGGCGAGGCAGCAGUUUGAGGCAAACGAGCUUGGCGACAUGGCGUGGUUGAAUGAAGACAUCUUUUCGUAA